CCUAUCUGGGAGCUGACUGUAGGCGAUAUCCCCCGAUCAUCAGUGCUGACCCAUACUAGUCUGCCCUCGGCCCGUACGCUCGCAGAGGGUGCCCGGACAGAUUGACGCCAUGGCCAUUCUGUUUGCUGUUGUUGCAAGGGGAACCACUAUUCUCGCCAAACAUGCUUGGUGUGGAGGAAACUUCCUGGAGGUGACAGAACAGAUUCUGGCUAAGAUACCUUCUGAAAAUAACAAACUAACAUACUCACAUGGCAAUUAUUUAUUUCAUUACAUCUGCCAAGACAGGAUUGUUUAUCUUUGUAUCACUGAUGAUGAUUUUGAACGUUCCCGAGCCUUUAAUUUUCUGAAUGAGAUCAAGAAGAGGUUCCAGACUACCUAUGGUUCAAGAGCACAGACAGCACUUCCGUAUGCCAUGAAUAGUGAGUUCUCAAGUGUCUUGGCUGCACAGCUGAAACACCACUCUGAGAACAAGGGUCUAGACAAAGUAGUGGAGACUCAAGCCCAAGUGGAUGAACUGAAAGGAAUCAUGGUCAGAAACAUAGAUCUGGUAGCUCAGCGAGGAGAAAGAUUGGAAUUAUUGAUAGAUAAAACAGAAAAUCUUGUGGAUUCAUCUGUCACCUUUAAAACGACAAGCAGAAAUCUUGCCCGAGCCAUGUGUAUGAAGAAUCUCAAGCUCACGGUCAUCAUUAUCAUCGUAUCAAUUGUAUUCAUCUAUAUCAUUGUGUCACUUCUUUGUGGUGGAUUCACCUGUGUGAAGAAAUAAAAAGAAAAAAAUGUUAUUAACCAAGGAUAUGAGAGAACAGGAGUUGGAAGCAAUCCAUGUGACUCAAGCCUUUUAAAACCAACAGAUGAUUCUACUAGUCUCUUCAACCCCUUUCUUUUUGUAAUGUUGUUCUUUACUUUCAGAUUUAUCUUUGUCCUCUU